UCAGUGCUUUGCGUUUCAUAUACCUAUUCGUUGUCGUCGGCUUUUUACAAUAUUGAAUAGAAACCCAAAAAUAAUGUGUAUUUAUGCAAGUACUAAUACACACAAAAUGCGCGAAGCAACAAUAAAGUGAUGUUAAAAGCAUUUAAAUACAAAAAUCAACAGAAAAAAUUCUGGAACAAAACGCAUACGUCGUAGGUCGUAGUCGGUGUCGGUUGCGGUUGCGGUAGAACGAAAUCGAGUUAUUUUCAUUUACAAUUAUCUAAAUGCAACACUGUGAGCCAGCACUAACAUUAUGCUGUUGAAAAAGAAGCGAUAUAUGUGCGAAGAGCAGGACGACACUAUCGACGUCGUUGCUGUUGUCGAAGCAAGCAACAACAGAAACACCAACGCGAACAACAACAGCAGCAGUAGUUAUGGAUCCAACAUGGCUGAAACACGCGAAGUCCGAAUUGAAGAGCAAUUAAAAGUGAAAAUUGGUGAAGCAAAAAACCUGAGCAGUCGGAAUGCAGCGAACACUAGUUGCAGCACUCAGGGCACUCGAGAUGUAUACUGCACCAUUGCCUUGGACCAGGAGGAAAUAUGCCGGACGCCCAUCAGCGAACGCACUCUGUCGCCUUUUUUUGGCGAGGAGUAUCAGUUCAAAAUACCGCGACGCUUUCGCUAUCUUUCGGUCUAUGUGUGGGACCGGGACAUGAAGCAGGACAAGCCCAUUGGCAAAAUAGCCAUCAAGCGGGAGGAGCUGCACAAGUACAAUCACAAGGAUCACUGGUUCUCGCUGCGUCCGGUCGACGCCGACUCGGAGGUGCAGGGCAUGGUGCACAUACAGGUGGCCUUCGAGGAAAGGCCGCAGUUGCUCACAGAAAGCAUCGAAUUGGUCCAGCUACAGCAUCACUCGCAUCAUCAGCGCGCCCAUCUGAAUGACUACAAGGAGAACAACGAACUGAGCAACAUUCAACGAGCCGCAGCAGCAGCCGCGAGUGGCGCCAACUCUGCGGGCAUGACACUCAAGACUCGGGCGGCAGGUCUCUUUGGACAUGUGGCCCAUCACCAGCAACACCAACCGCAGCUGCAGGCGCAUCUGGCCACAUCCUCCACGGAUCAGCUGGCCAACUGGAAGAACACGCAUUCCAGCAACGUGCGCGUGGCGAUUCGUGUGCCGGCGUGCAUAGACCUGGCCAAGAAGCAGGGCACCUGUGAUCCGUUCGUCAUCUGCACGGCCUACUACAGCAACAAGCAGGUGAUCACGAAACGUACAAAGCAACGCAAGAAGACCGUCGAUCCAGAGUUCGACGAGGUCAUGUACUUCGAUCUCUCCAUUGACUCCGAGGCGGGUAGCACGGGCACAACGAAUAGCAACAAGUCUGCGGCGUCGCUGGAGUCGUCCGCAAAUAAGGCGUACGCGAUUUACCCACUGGGCGGGGCCGAUCUCUGCGAGAUUGCUGUCACGCUGUGGCAUGACGCCCAUGGCGCCAUGGCCGAUAAGGUGUUCCUUGGCGAGGUGCGCCUCCCGAUGCUGAACAACCAGCAGCAGCAGGCGGUGCAGCCCUCUGCUUGGUACUAUCUGCAACCACGGACUACAUCCAGCAGUUGCCGUUCCCUGAGUGCGACACCCCGUUCCUGCGCCACGCCGCCUGGAACGCGACUCAGCGUGGAUUCCACCAUUGGAUCGUUGCGCCUGAACCUAAACUACACAGCAGAUCACGUGUUUCCACUGGCCACGUACGAUGACUUGCUUAACUUACUACUGGAGUCGGUGGAUCAGCGGCCCAUCACGCUGUCAUCGGUCUACAUUCUCGGCGAACUGGUGUCGGGCAAGACGGAGGUGGCCCAGCCCUUGGUGCGCCUCUUCACGCACACGGAGCGCAUUGCGCCCAUUAUCAAGGCCUUGGCUGAUCAUGAAAUUUCGAAUCUGACCGAUCCGACGACCAUUUUCCGUGGCAACACACUCGUCUCCAAGAUGAUGGAUGAGGCCAUGAGGCUAUCGGGUCUUCAUUAUCUGCACCAGACGCUACGUCCGGUUCUGUCGCAAAUUGUGGCCGAGAAGAAACCAUGCGAAAUUGAUCCCAGCAAGGUGAAGGAUCGCUCGGCUGUUGACACCAAUCUGCACAAUCUCAAGGAUUAUGUGGAGCGUGUAUUCGAGGCUAUCACCAAGAGUGCAGAGCGUUGUCCCAAGGUUCUGUGUCAGAUCUUUCACGAUCUGCGCGAAUGCGCAGGCAAACAUUUCCCACGCAAUCGUGAGGUGCGUUACUCGGUUGUCUCUGGCUUCAUAUUUCUGAGAUUCUUUGCGCCCGCCAUACUGGGUCCCAAGCUGUUUGACCUGACCACAGAGCGACUGGAUGCCCAAACAAAUCGCACGCUGACACUCAUCUCUAAGACGAUACAAUCGCUGGGUAAUUUGGUCAGUUCACGAUCGUCGCAACAACCCUGCAAGGAGGAGUACACCGGCGAGCUAUACAAGAAGUUCUGCACAGAGAAGCAUGUGGAUGCGGUCAAGCACUUUCUGGAGGUCAUCUCCACGCCAAACGCCUCUGACACGCCCAGCAAACAGUUGCAAUCAAUGCCGCAGUUGCCAUUAGAACCAGUAUUACUAAAGGAGGGCGAGGGCAUGAUGACCAAAUAUCCGACAAGCCGCAAACGCUUUGGAAGCCAAUUUAAGCAACGUUACUUUCGCCUGACAACGCACUCGCUGAGCUAUGCCAAGUCGAAGGGCAAACGACCCAUCUGUGAUAUACCGCUUGAGGAAAUCGGAAGCGUGGAGCAACUGAAAGACAAGAGCUUUAAAAUGCAAAACUGCUUCAAGAUCGUGCACAAAGACCGCCCGCUUAUUGUACAAACGACGAACUGCGUGGAGGAGCGCGAAUGGUUCGACCUACUGCACAAGAUUUGCUUGAUGAACUCCAUCCGGAUGCAAUACUUUCAUCCCUCGGCAUUUAUCAGUGGCUACUACAGCUGCUGCGGGCGCUCCGACGAGAAUGCGCCGGGCUGCAAGAACGUGUCCGCCAAGGAGAUGGACUACUUCCAAAUGGAUUUGGUCACCGCGCUCGAUCCUGCUCUGGAUCUGCAGCGCAUACACACGCUCAUCAUGUCCAAUAUGAAUCUGCUGGACGCGCUCCUCGACCCACUCGCCUACCACCAGCACCUGUCCAUGCCCCUGCCACAGCACACCCAGCAGCAACAGCAGCAGCAGAACAAUCCGCUGGUCCCGCUGGCCAGCGCCCUGCAGCAACAGUCGCCGCAUGCAUUUGUCGAGUUCAAGAAGACGAUCGAGAAGCUACGCGACAAGGCCUACGCGAUUGAUAGGGAUCAUCGCGACUACAAGCAGGACAUCACACGGCAGCUGAAGUACGGCAGUCGGCAGGCUCCGAUCGGCGAUGACAACUACUGGCACAUGAUGCGCGCCGCAGGCCAAUUGAAUCUGCAACAUCAUCACCAACAGCAGCACCAGCAACAACAACAGCAGCAGCAACAGCAACAACUGCAGCCGGUGCUGCCGCAGAUGCAACAUGUGCGCGCUCUGCCAGCGACAACGAACAGCAGCAACAGCAACAUUAACGUGAACGCCUACUUUAUGCAUAAUCUGCAGCACCAGCAUCAGCGAUUGCAGCUUCACCAGCAGCACCAUCAACACCACCAACAUCAACAGCAGCAACAGCAACAACAACUGCAAUAUCAGCAGCAACUGCGCAACCAGCGACACAAUAACAACAAUAAUAUAAACAACAAUAGCUGUGGCAACGCUUCGUCGUCGAGCCCAUCGUCGACAGCGUCAAGUGUUGUGGCAGCCCCGCCCAGCAGUGUAGCGAACGCCCCCGUCGCUGUGGCAGCAACAGCUGCGGUGCUGCCAAAGCCAGCGCCGCCGAUUUAUUAGCGUUCAAGAUUAUGCGUAUUCGCCAUACCCAGAGCGAUAAUAUUGACUCGGUGAAUGCGCAUAAUUGCUCUACUAUUGCUCUCACCCCACUCCCCCAGCACAAACACACCCCCAAACAUUCACAAUCACAUACACACACACACACUCACACAUAUAUAUAUAUACAUAAAGGUACUUCGAAACACUUCCAGCAGCAACAGAUGCGUUAAGCGUGUGCUUAUUUUAAACUAUAUUUUUUUUGUACGAAUUACAAGUUUAAAGUGUGUAGAUCUAAGAUUUUUUAAUUAACUAUUUUUAUACACAUUUAUAUACUAUGGAGUAACAAACAAGCGAAAUCUAAAUGUUUAAGCCUAUUUAUUAUUCUUUUGUAUUUAUACAACACCCACACACACAAAUUUUUCUACUUUGAUUUUGUGUAACCGAAAUAUCCAUACAAAGAAAACUGAUAACUAUGUAAGCUGCUAACAACUUAAACGACAACAAAAACAAACUCCCAAAUUGCUAAGAAUUUUUAAUUGCUAACUACUCGUAAGUUGUGUAAUAAGUU